AUGGUGGGAGAAGACGAGGAGCAAUUCGGUACUCAGACAGGUGAUUCCCAAGGAGAAAGGACUCCCCUGAGCACUAAGCGCGUCGGAUGCACCGAUAAGGAGCGUUCUUCAGCAAUUUCCGCGAUAUUAGCAGAUGCAGAGUCUCGCGGAUCGGAUUCAGGCGUUGGAGAAUCAGGCUUGAGCCAGGCUUUGCUAGGCUCAGGAGUUUUCAAGGUUCGGGAUGCCGUGGCUGGACCAUUGGCUCGGCACGUCCAGCGGAUCGAGGCUCGGCUCGACCCGAAGCUGUUCCCUCCACCCAACAACGCGGUGACCCUAUGGGAUGCAGACAGGGACGGGAUUCUCCGACCAGACGCAUCAAUGGUGGAGAUGCAGCGAGAGGGGACAAGCGAAUCUUUGGUGGAGCUUCGUGUAGAGCUGAAGCAGGGGGAGGAAGUGUACAGAGUGGGAGAGCGGUUGGGAGCGGUGGUGGGGAUGAGUGUGGCGACCAGGCUGCAAGUCUUGGAGGCUGUCUGGAAUCAUAUUAAGGCGAACAAGCUACAGGACUCCUCGGAUCCUUCCUCCUUCACCUGCGAUGCCACCCUCCAAGCCCUCUUCAAACAGGACAAGCUCAAAAUUUCCUCCCUACCCAUCCACAUCUCCCCAUUUCUCUCUCCUCCACCUCCUCUCACCAUCACCCACCGCAUCUCCCUCGCCACCUGCCCCACACACUCCGCCACACUCCCUUCUUUAGAUCCUCCCUUUCAUCCACUGGGCCCACCCACCACCCUCCCUUCAUAUGAGACCCUGCCCCCUGUUUCGGCUGACACCUGCGUGGAUGUGACUGUAACAGAAGCUCCUGCUCUUGCAGCAGAGACAGCCCGUGUGAUUGCAGCGAUGGGUCAGCAGCCGGAGAUUGAUGCUAUUGAUGCAGCCAUGGCAAAAGAUGCUGAGCUUUUAGCUAAGCACCGGCGGCGUCGUGCCUUUUUCCUAGCGUUUUCACACUCUCCUGGGGAGUUUAUCAGGGACUUGAUGGUUUCACAGCAAAGAGAUCUGGAUCAGAUGCAGCAGGGAGGACUGGAAGGUGCUGGAGGUGCACAGGCAUUUGGUCCUGAGACUGCUGACCAAGAUGCAGAGUUUUAUGCUCUCCCGUGGUGA